CCGCCAAAAGAUCUCUCCGUAACCGUCUCAUCAACAACCCACACCACAACUACUAUUUUAACUGCAAAACCCUGACACCCACCAUUCCCACUCCUCUCAGCAUUCUCAAUCUCUCUCUCUCAACACAAUAAUACACACAGUUCUUGCUCUCCAAGAACAAGAAAAACAAUCCUCAGAAAAUUCACCAAAACAAAAUGGCAAUCUUCAAGCUCAAGUUCUUCACCCUAUUCUGCCUCCUCUCCUUGGCUUCUUCCACCACCACCACUCCUCCACCCUCCACCGCCCUCACGGCCUCCCAAGUCCUCAAAACCCGCGGCUACCACCUCUUCGGAUCCCUUAUCGCCUCUGCCGCCGCCAGUACCGACUCUUGGAAUGGUACCGGCACCGUCUUCGCCCCACCCGACUUCGCAUUCUCCUCCACCACCGCCAAAUUUAACAACUAUGGCCGCUCUCCGCCUCCCCGCCCCUCCAUCUCCCUCCUCCUCUCCCACACCCUCAAACAACCCCUCACCUGGAACAACCUCACCGCCUUCGCCGACGCCCACGAACUCCGUACCUGGAAAACCAAUCGCUGCCUCUUCGUCUCCAAGGGCUUCAACGGCGAUCUCGCCAUCGCCGGAUCCAAGAAACCAAUCUCCGCCGUCCAAAUCCGCCAGCCUGAUCUCUACCUGAAUGAUCGUCUCACCAUCCACGGCGUGGACGGCGUACUGGACCCUAACUCUGUGUCCAAGUGCAUGUUUCCUGAUCAAACGCUUCUGAUCAAACCUGGAGGAGUCGAUCCAUCUCCAUCUCAAUCUCAAUCGCCUCUUGAUCAUGCGGUUAAGGCUUUGAGCAAGAGAGGAUUCAGUAUGGUCGCGACCGCAAUGGCCGUGAAACGGUCCGAGUUGAUCAAUCUGGACGCCAUAACCGUAUUCGCUCCAUCAGAUUCGAGUUUGCUCUCCGAAUCUAAUGGAUUCCGAUUCGAUUUCCUUCGCCACGUUGUGCCGGGACGAUUUCUAUUCAACGACAUUGCGAGACUCUUGGCAGGAACAACCAUGGAGACACUAUCUCCUCACAAGACGGUGGUUAUUGGAUCCGCGAACGGCGUCGUCACUGUCAACGGCGUUGCGAUUCACAGUUCGGAGGUUUACGCCAAUCGGUGGAUCGUUGUGCUCUCUGUUUCGCAUACCAUGGAUGAACUCAAAGAUUCUUCAGCCAAGGGUCCGAUUUCGAAUCGCCUCGCCAGAACUCUAGCUUUCUCGCCGAGUUACUUCACCGACUCUGAAGUCAAUAGCCAUUCCGAUCAUGGAGUUCCGUCUCCGGCGCCAAUGACGGAGGACUGGCGGUACUCGCCGGAGAUUUCUCCGGCGACGACGACGAUCGGUGUCUCCCAUGCGGUGGUUGAAGGAGGAGCGGUGGUUGAAGGAGGAGAAGAACUCUUCUGUCCGGUAACCGUACGGAGAAUGAGAGUGAGGAGUCCUUACGUGGAUCAAUCUCAGCUGUUGAACUACAGUCCAUAUGGUCAACUUUCUGAGGAGUUGGUUCAAUCUGGACCGUCGCAUCAAUCUAACGAGAUUUCUGAAGAAGCUGGGGUUGAGUCUGGACCGUCUGAUGAGGAAGAGAAUGAGAGACGUGAAUUGAUGAGUAGUUCAAUCCAGUCCAGUGGUUCUUCUGAGGUAAAUAAGAGUGGGAAGAAAUCUGGUGUGCCCAGUGUGAUUGAUCAUUAUUCAAUUGCUGAUGAUCUGUUCUACUACAUUUAAUUUUACACCCACAGAAUGUAGAACAUAGUAUGUUGUCAAAUGUAUGGGAAAAAAAUUGUAAAAAAGAAAUUUUAAAAAUACAAAUAAUAUUUUGUUUGGAAGGUUGUGUACUUGUAUUCCACAAUUUAAUUGAAU